GUCUUUUACAGUAUCGUGUAGCCGUAAUGGCGCUAGCUUCCACAUGCAACAAGGGCCUGUUUAUUAUGGCUGGACCUCCGUCUCUUCCUCUCGUCCGCUGAUUGGCUGUGCUACUUCAGAAGCGCGACGUGAUUGGGUCAGAGUCCUGUCAUCGGACGAGGAAUAGACGGGUACCCAAGACGGCAGGGUUGCGCGUGUGCCUUCCCAGGUCCUGGCAGCACCAUCCGGCGAGGGGGUGAGGACGCUGGCCGCCUGUUUUAUGACUGCAAGAAACACUGGAUGUUUUUAUUUUGAUUUCUUCUUCACUGAAUAUACAUGCCCACGAUACUGAAAGCAAGAAAGCGGCACGCCGGUGAACGAGCACAUCGUUAUCGAUGGGGAAAAUAAGUUGAAAGCUUCGGAAGAAUGUUUUCCUUGUUCCAGGAAAACGGAUUGCUCUGUUGAUCAGCGUGAUGGGUGUUUCGAGGGGAUUUUGACAUUUGGAGAGGAUCUGGAGCUAUCCAUCUACAGCUUAGAGCUCGAGCGCAACAGAAAGCGGCAACAGAGCGCCAUACUGCAAAACAAGCUUUCCGGAUCGAUACAGUGUAGCAGCCUUUUCAUGCGGGAGAAUUGUGCGUUUUAAUGGGAAUGUAAACAAGUAAGCUGGCGAGCAAGUACCAAGUCAGCAACGGUGGCCUGAUUGAGAUCCACGUAACUUCUGCAAACUGCAUGCAGCCCUGGCGGUGGAAACAGGGCUGGAUGAGCCCAAAAUGGCAAAUAUGAGGAAAUCUAAAAGAUGAAUGUUGCAUUCCCCACCUAACUUGUACUAUUCACCUAAUUUUCCUUUCCAUACAAGCCCGAGUUUCGAGCAAAGCAAGGUGCUCCUCAUGCCUCCAACAUGAGGGAGAUUUAAGGCCGUGCGGAAUUGAUUUAUUAUGGGGGGAGCGCAUUAUUUUGAUUUAAACCCUCUCUCCUUUUUUACUUUUCUUUUGUUUAUCCUCCGCGAGAGGUUUCUUGGAUGUCCGCGAUUGUCAUUUUGCUAGUCUGGAACGUAUAACGCAAAAAGAUCCUCCGAAGUAGGUCAGAUCAAAGCUGGAGAGUUGUUAGUAUGACACCUUUUCGCACUCAUCUUGAUGUAUGCCGGACAUUUAUGCUUUGAUUUUACCAGUCGUUUGGCUCUAUGACAGCCAAAUGAGAGUUUGACAUCUUGGCAGCCUCCCUCUCCAUCUCGUUCGCCUCUUUGUUUUGUUUUUCCACCUCUCAUUUCGGGCUGUUGAGUGAGUGAAUGGCUCUGUGCGGAACGACGGCUUCCAAUGCCGCGAAAAUGAUGGCUGCGUACAACGGCGGAACCGCGGCAGUGGCAGCGCAUCACCCGCACCAUCACCACCAGCUGCCCCAUCUCCCGCCACCCGCCCACCUCCACCACCAUCACCACCCGGGCCAGCAUCACCUCCAGCACCCCGGCUCGGCCGCCGCCGUGCACCCCGUACAGCAGCACGCUUCCACGGCCGCAGCCGCUGCUGCUGCUGCCGCGGCGGCGGUGAUGCUGAACCCGAGCCAGCAGCAGCCGUACUUCCCCUCGCCCGCUCCUGGUCAAGCUCCGGGGCCGGCGGCCGCUGCAGCCCCAGCGCAAGUUCAAGCCGCCGCCGCGGCCGCUGUCAAGGCGCAUCAUCACCACCACCACCACUCGCAUCACUUACAACAACAGCUGGAUAUAGAGCCGGACAGACCGAUCGGAUACGGAGCUUUCGGUGUGGUUUGGUCGGUGACAGACCCCAGAGACGGCAAACGCGUGGCCCUUAAAAAGAUGCCCAAUGUCUUCCAAAACCUUGUCUCCUGCAAGAGGGUUUUCCGCGAACUGAAGAUGCUCUGUUUCUUCAAACACGACAAUGUGCUGUCAGCUCUGGAUAUUCUACAGCCUCCACACAUCGACUACUUUGAGGAAAUUUAUGUGGUGACGGAGUUGAUGCAGAGUGACCUCCAUAAGAUCAUCGUGUCUCCACAGCCCCUGAGCUCUGACCACGUCAAAGUCUUUCUCUACCAGAUCCUCAGAGGACUGAAGUAUCUACACUCAGCUGGCAUUUUGCAUAGAGACAUUAAACCUGGUAACCUGCUGGUCAACAGCAAUUGUGUGCUUAAGAUUUGUGACUUUGGCCUGGCGAGAGUGGAGGAGCUGGACGAGUCGCGUCACAUGACCCAGGAGGUGGUGACGCAGUACUACAGAGCGCCAGAGAUCCUGAUGGGGAGCAGGCACUAUUCCAACGCAAUCGACAUCUGGUCUGUGGGCUGCAUCUUUGCCGAGCUGCUUGGCCGACGCAUCCUCUUCCAGGCCCAGAGUCCCAUCCAACAGCUGGACUUGAUCACGGAUCUGUUGGGGACUCCGUCUCUGGAGGCCAUGAGGACGGCGUGUGAGGGGGCCAGAGCUCACAUCCUGAGAGGACCACAUAAACAGCCUUCACUUCCUGUCCUGUACACUCUGUCCAGUCAAGCAACCCAUGAGGCCGUUCACCUCCUCUGCAGGAUGUUGGUCUUUGACCCAUCGAAGCGGAUCUCUGCGAAGGACGCCCUGGCGCACCCGUAUCUGGACGAGGGGCGUCUGCGGUACCACACCUGCAUGUGCAAAUGCUGCUACACCACAUCCUCUGGCCGCGUCUACACCAGUGACUUUGAGCCUGUCACCAACCCCAAGUUUGACGACGGCUUUGAAAAGAACCUGACGUCAGUUCGGCAGGUCAAAGAGAUCAUUCAUCAGUUCAUCCUGGAGCAGCAGAAGGGGAAUAGGGUACCGCUCUGUAUCAACCCCCAAUCAGCUGCCUUCAAAAGCUUUAUCAGCUCGACAGUAGCUCAGCCCUCUGAGAUGCCUCCAUCUCCUCUGGUUUGGGAGUAGCUGAGGAUGGCGGAGAAGAUGGCGUUGAUAACAGUGGUGGAGGACAUCCCUCCCGCGGCCCGUCCCGCGUCCACACCUCGCCCCCCACGGACUACUGACCCCCAGGCUUCCCCAAACCUGCGUAGCAUUUCACUGGAGUCUAGGACUAGCCAUGUCGCUGAUGUGUGUGUGUGUGUGUGUACUGUAAUACUUACUAAAUGGGAGUUUUAUAGAAGCAACCACUGCUGAUGAGUUGAAGCGGGACACGGGAAGGGUGGGCGUGGUCACGGGGGGUCCGUUCGUACAUACCCACUGCUCUGUAGUAGUAUACUGAAGGUUCGCGCUCAUGAACCUGUACUUUCGGCAGACGAAGUCGACCCCUGUGGACUUGAAUGUAUUUUGAACAGCAGGGCAGCAGAAUCUGCGCAUUAUCCCUGAAGGAAAACUCUUCACGACUAUGUGUGCGAGUAAUCAUGCUUUAUUUAUUCAUGGAAACAGGAAGUGCAGUGCUUCAUGUAGUAUGGAAAGAAGGCAAGUUUCUCUGAAUCAGAUUUUUUAUUUUUUUGCUCACGCUAGCACCUUACUAAGAACCACGGCCAUCGUCUAGGGUGGAAAACUGCUGUCCCGGCCCUCAAAGGUCCUCUGUAGUAGCCUAUUCAUUAGGCCAACCCAUAUAGAUUUGUCCCGGGCUUUGUCAAUUUUAGCGACGGCCCUCGUAAGAACUGUGACCACUCGUUCGGCUAGAGUGAGCUGCUCAUUGCGUUUAUUUCCUUCAACGGCGGUGUGAUUUUUAUGACUUUCUUCCAUUUUUGCUGUCAUCUGCGCUCUUCCUUUCUUUCUCUAUCAAUCUAUCGUUGUUCGUAUCUCGCUUUCCGUCUCAUAUUCAACUUUCGUCAGUAAAAAAAGAAAUCAGUAUUCUGUAGCGCAGCACUUGGCAGAGAUACUGAUUCAUAGGCUUCUCUUAGUACUCCUGAAUGUGGAUGUGUUGUGUCAGUAUUUAGUACUUCUGGUGGGUGGGUGACUGAACGGCACAGCGGUUGAGGAUCCGAAGCAUGCGAGAUUGGCUCGAAACGAAAUGCUCGUAUCUAAAGGGUUUAUUUGAAGCAAAGGAGACUUUAUGCGUGUGUCCAGAAAUUCUUGCAGGUGCUUGUCUCCUACCGAGACUGAAAACCCAACUAGCAUGUAGCGACAUAAUAUAGGGAGGUUGUUCUAAGAUGACCUUCGAACCCUGCUAUCCCUGAUGGAGUAUCUAGAAUAGCAUGCGAACCAAAUUAAAAGCCUAAAAAUUAAAAAAAGCAAAGAAAUUAGAUAAAUAAUAGGUUGAGCUGUUGGUCAACCAAACCAUUCCAUAAUUGCAAUGGUAUAUUACCAAACCUUGUCCCUGAAGACAAGUGACGAACACCAUUGUGAGUGCAUGUAUGGACCCGUGCAUGUUUAUAACUGACUGUGGCAUCACGCUAGUGAUCCUGUGUAUGUCAGUUCAGUGUCGUCUUCUUUGACCCCCCCCCCCCCCCCUUCAAAAGCCUUUUUUUCUGUUGAAGGACUUGUGGAGAGGAUGGAUCUGAAAAGGGUGCCUGGGAAUGGCAUAUGUUGUGGGUCUAGAAAGCAAUUGGAAGUAGUUUUCACUCACUGUACCAUGCUUAAAUUUCCCAUAAUGCUUUCUGCACUCUCUCAGACUAAAAGAAAACAAAUGGAAAAUAUUUAAUAUAUUUUUAGAUAAUUAUUUUUAUUUCUUCCUCAAUGUGCUAUGGCAUGCUUUCCCAUGAUCCACUGAGUAUGGUAUGUAAAUAAGUGAGUAGCAGGUAGAUUUCAAUAGAAACGCAAAAUCUACAAAAAACGAUGUAUAAAAAAAAAAAAAAAAAUGUAAUACUGCUGUAUAGAAGUUGAAUUAGCCUGCACAUUUUUAGGGCUGUGAAAUUUGAUUUUAUUUUUGAGACUUGCAUAUAAUUGUACAUAUUUUUUUUUCCUCUUUUCUUCUUUUUAUUUUCCCCUGCACUAGAAAGUGUAGACAAAGAAAUAAUCCAAAACAGUAUAAGUACAAAAACAAACAAAAAACACAUAACCAAUUAUGUUAAUUGUGUCUUGUGUGCUGCAGAGCUGUGGAUAUGAGUAUUGAAGUAGAGCCCUUUUUUAAUUAUUAUUAUUAAUAUUAUUAUUAUUAUUAUUAUUAAUUUCCUUUAAAGAAACACUGAACUGUUUGUGUAUAUGUAUAUAAUGGAUUCACAUUGUUGGUCUCUACCUCUCGAGCUCAAUGACUUGGUUGUUUACCUCCACGCUUUUAUUUUUAUGUGGAGAUUUAAAACUUGAAUGUCCCUUCCGACUUUUAUAUUCCUAUCAAACCCUGUAUAAAGAAAUCAGAGUCAUUAAAUUUGAGAUUGGUUGGAGGUGGUUCCCAUCAUCAUAUCCUUGUACAGAGUACCAUGUUCUCACCCCAGUGUUCUCUGACUGUUAGAUCACACAGCAUACUUGUCCUGCGAGACAACCUACGAUAAUUAACAUGACAUCCUUCACCGAGAGACGUCAGAUGAGAUAAACGUACAAAAUAUGUGGCAAUGUUAGAACUUACAAGAAGGUAGCGUACCCGAGAUAACGUGCGGAUUCAAACAGAGCCUGUGAGAAGACUAACACGCAAGCUCGAUUGGGCCAAAUGGGGAAGGUACUGCACUUGCUGUCAAGUUUUAUAAGGAAGUUUGAAGUUUAUACUCAGAGUUAAUGGUAUUUGAAUACAUUUUACGACAUAUAUGACUAUAAUAUAAAAUUUGCAUUCGAUGCCCUGAAAGCGGAGGUGAUUCUGAGGGACCGGAAUGACUCUGUGGAUGUGUUCUGUGUUUUGAAAAAUCACCGGUCUCUUUUCAGAGUGUAGAUUUGAAGUACAGUGGUGAAGCUCAUUAAAUGUUGACAUUUAAAAAAA